AUGGAUGCUUCUUCUGGCAGGGCUCUGAAAGACGUAAGGGCAGCACUGGAACAAGUAGGUGCAUCUUCUUCAACAUCUUCACAACAACUUGCCGUGCCAACUCACAGACGUAUUGUUGAGGACUUCACCGGUUGGUUGCUGCCGUACAAGCCGAGUGACGACUCCGUAGUACAGGCUUUGCGUCGCGAGUUGGGUCCGGGUCCGCAUUGGCAAGACGCUUCUUCGACUUUUUCUGUUGACUCAGUUUCGGGCUUAACUACAGGGUUGUCACCCUACGAAGAUUUUGGCACGGCCGCGAAGUAUUUCCAAUUGCAACGAACAACGACCUCAGCUAACGGCAACACAGGAACGGAAUAUGCCGCGUGGCGAGAAACUGAGCUAGCAUCCGACCUACCCCAGGUACUCCGCAUUACUUUAAACCGAUUCACCGAAAGUGGGUAUAACGAGGAAAGGGGGGAGAUCAUGUACGAAAAGAGUUCGCAGCAAUUGCAUAUUCCAGAAGAAAUUCGUCUGGUGACCAAAACCGAUCCUGUGUCGGGUGUGACAACGAUAGA